UUGCCUAUUUCUCAAGGGAAUAAAUAUAUACCCGUUCAUCUCUUGUGAACCUCCAUAAAUACUCUUAUCUCCAUACCCUAAUCUCUCUCUCCUCUCUUUCUUGUUACACCACUAUCUUGAUAACAGUUCAGGAGGGCUCAUCAUCUCUCUCUUUUUUUCUGUGAUCAUGGGAAUUCAAAAGCCUGCAUGGUUGGGAGCUCUUUACACGCAGAAGUUUUUUGCGGGGUGCUCUUAUCAUGAAGCUGCAAAGAAGAAUGAAAAGAACGUAUGUUGUUUGGAUUGUUGCAUCAGUAUUUGCCCUCAUUGUAUACCAUCCCAUCGCUUCCAUAGGCUUCUUCAAGUUCGUCGUUAUGUUUAUCAUGAUGUUGUCCGACUGGAAGACCUUGAAAAGCUGAUUGAUUGCUCAAAUGUUCAGGCCUAUACCAUCAACAGUGCGAAAGUGGUGUUUAUCAAGAAGAGAGCUCAGAACAGGCAAUUCAAAGGGGCCGGAAACUAUUGUACUUCCUGUGAUAGAAGCCUUCAAGAACCUUUUAUCCAUUGCUCUCUUGGCUGCAAGGUGGACUUUGUGCUGAAACAUUACAAGGACCUUUCUCCAUACCUGAGGAGAUGCAACGCAUUAACUCUUGGUCCUGACUUCUUUAUCCCCCAAGAUAUGGCAGAUGAUGAGAUGACCAAUGAGACGCCUCGCUCGACAAUUGUGGACUCCGAUGAGCCGAUGACCUGGUCUUCAAGUUCAUCGGGUUCCGAGAACAUGAGCAUCGCUAGCACUGAGAUUGUACGGAAGAAGAGGAGUGGAUUAUACGUAUGUGCAAGAUCACUGAGUAAGGUUUCUGAGGAGGACAUGGCUUCGAGCAUGAGUAGAAGAAAAGGCAUUCCUCAUCGAUCUCCUCUAUGUUAGGAAAACAAAUUAAACCGAAAAAACUUUUAUUUAUUACUAUAAUUAUUAAUUAGCUUUACUUGGAUAUUUUGACCGACCUUCAAAUUCAAAGUGUUCUCUCUCACAGUCACAUCAUCUCUCAUCACUCUUCAACUUGAGUUAAUUAAUAACUUGGUCGGGGGGUUUUGUCUUAAUGGCAUCACGUGAUUCCCAAUUCCAA